AUGACAACUCUGCUGGUACCCGGUUCUGUCCAAAUAUGGAGCGAGACGGCUCCAAUGCCCAGAUCAAAAGACGCGUUCAUUGAAAUAGUAGAAAGAAAGAAGCACGUUAAACUGGUGAUCCAUUUUAGUGCUGAAGAUGUUAUAAAGCGCUUCCGGCUAACUGAUAAUCUCAGAAGUGUGGUGGUCAGAGCCCGUGAAGAAGACAACAGUUACAUGCACAUAACUUUCCAAGAUAACACCUUCAUAGUUAUUGAUAAAUUAUCUGACAGCAAUGCCGAACAGUUGAAGACAGUCCUGGACCUGGUCUAUGAAAACAAGUUUCCACCAUCUGUGGAACCUGGUGGUGAUGAGGGUGCCUUUUCUGGAACAACAGCACGGGAGGAAAAGGAAACUUCCUCUGACGAAGAUGAGGAACAAUGGCAAGGCCUCCCCAAUUUGGGCAACACUUGUUAUAUGAAUUCAGUCCUACAGUGUCUGUUUUCAAUACCAUCAUUUUGUGAUGACUUGCUCAAGCAGAGUAUUUCCUGGGGUAAAAUUCCCUUUGAUGGUUUUACCUUGUGCCUGAUUCAGCUGCUUGUUUUGAGAAAGUUGUACAACCAGAAAGUCAAGACAAAAUUACUUAAAAACAUGAAGAAAGCCAUUUCAGCAGUUUCUGAUGUCUUCUCUGAUGACGAUCAGAAUGAUGCUCAUGAGUUUUUAGGCAUUGGCUUGGAUAUGAUAAAAGAGCAUGUGAAAAAAUUAAAUACAGCUUCGGAGACUAACUCUGGAUUUCAGGAAGGAAAUCCACCUCAACAGGCUAAGAUCGUUUGUCCUGUCUCCAAUAAUUUUAAGCUUGGGUUGGAGAGCACUAUUGUUUGUGAAUCCUGUGAUCACGUGGUUGUUAGGGAAGAAGAGACUAGCUAUAUCUCUGUAAAUCUUCCCAAAACACCAAAAUCACGUCCAACAUCUCUUCAGGUAACGUUGGAUUGUCAUUUUGCAUCAGAAGAGCUUGAGUAUAAAUGUGGGCACUGUGACCACAUGAGUUCACUUGCGUUCCACAGAUUAAAUAGGCUACCCAGGAUCCUUAUCCUUCAUCUGAAACGCUAUCGCUUUAGUCAUGUUUCGUCCAUAAGAAAGAAUAUCCAGAAUGUCUUUAUUCCCAAGCAGUUAUGCAUAUCUUCCUAUUGCCACGAAAACACUAAACCACCUCUUCCCCUGGAAAAGCCUGUAGAUAGAGAGGAUCAGGAAGGUGAAAAAGUAGUUGAAGAAAUGGUUUCGAGAAUCAUCAGCCCACCGAAACCUUCAACACUAUUGGCCUCGAAAUCUAAAAAUUCCUUUACUCCAUCCCUUGGAUCAGACAAGAAAGCUGAAUCACCAGAAAGGCCAGGCAGGAAAGAGCAGCAUAAAACCCCAAAUAAAGGUUCUAAGCAGAGGGUAAAAGAAUCAGAAGCGUUAAGCUCCAAUUUAGGGGCAGCCAGUGAAAAAGAGAUGCUGGCAGCAGGUGAUUCAUUGAUGUGUCGGGAAGACCCCUCCCUUUCUGUGGCCCAUGAAGAUGAAAAUAAACCUGCCCGCCGCCGAGGCGCAGGUCUUGCAGGGGCUCGUCGUCGACGACGGGGGCCUAAAAAUCCAGAGCUUAAAAAAUCGAAGGAAACCAACACAUUUUCAGAGUUAGAUUCCAAACGUGCCAGAAUUCAAGAAAAAUCCCAACAAGUGGGUCAGGAUUCUGAUCAGAUGAUACCUUGUGAGCAAAUCUUUCAGCGGACACGGUCUUCAAAGCGUAAGAAGCCCAAUGUCCUGGAGGCUAAAGCGAAAUCCUCAGGUGCACGGGAUUCCAAGAAGCCCAGAAAGAGAGGUGGUUUAGGUCAGGAGAAGAAAGAAGCGAAAGCAGAACGAGGAGCAGGAGAAGGAGCACAAAGAAAAGCCCAGAAGACAGAUGAUUCUACCACCUAUCGGCUCAUCAGUGUCAUCACCCAUGUGGGGACUAACCUGGAUUCAGGCCAUUAUGUUACCGAUGUCUUCGACUUUGAGAAGCAGAUUUGGGUCUCCUUCAGUGAUCUGCAAGUAUCUAUCACACCAGAUAUCUCCACGAGGGAAGGUUACCUUUCUCCAGGGUACAUCCUCUUUUACAUGCACAAGGACAUCUUUGAAGAGCUCUUGAAAAGGGUAGGGAAUUCCCAGCUUCCCACCAAACCGGCAAAGAAGAAAUCUGAGAAAUAA